UUGAAUAUAUUAAAUUAAUAGUGCAUUUUGUUUUAAAAAAGGUUGACGCAUUUGGAGUUUAUGGAAAGCUUUUGUCGAUGCUUGUAUUGUGGAAAAAUAUCUCGAUUAUCGGGAAUUUUAUGAUUUUGCGCAGUGAAACACUACCGCUAUCGCCAUUGGCUGUCGGAACGUCACACCCCUCGGCGUUAUCACCCUGAAAAGUCCUUUCCUCCCGCGAUAUCACAGUGACCGUGGAGAGCAAUGCCGCGACUAUCAGUCACCCCUCACUCGCAAAAAUGUUGCGGUGUGCGGGAUCAGGAUGUAUCGUGAGUACUGUACACAGUUAUUUUGCAUUGUGCGAUAGAGACAUGAAAAUGCGAUCCGAGUGGAGCAGUUAAAGCGCCAAACUUGACGAGAGAAAGGGGCUUAUUAUUAACACGACGCACGUGUUCCAUUUAAAAUUAUGAGACAGAUCUCGGAGCAUCAGCGGCUUCUGCCGAACGGUAAGGACAAUGUGUAGAAUGUUAAAGAUCAAAGAGGAAAUCUCUUUUCUACUCAACGCGGGAAUCUCUAAUGAUCUUUCUUGGAAUGGAAAAUCAAUUGCCGCGUUCGGCAAAAGAUAAAUAAAGGGUGGAAAAAAAGAAAAGAAAUAAAUUAUGAAAUACGCACGAGAAUUUUUCCCACCCACGAAAUAACGCAUAUUGAUCGUUCCAUACUUGUUGCGCAGAGACAACAGCCGGGUUAAGCUACGCCGAGUAUCAACAUCCCCACCCUGUGCGAGAGCGAAAAGCUGCAUUAUAUUUCGCGGCUGUUGCCGUUUUGUAAAAUUGCGUUUAUUCUUCUGGAUAUAGACAGCGCAUCGCGGUGUUCUCCUCCCUGUGAAAAAAACGGGGAUGAGAGAGUUCCUCGAGCUGUAUUAUGAUUUAUAAAUGUGCUCGGAGUAUCAGUACGCGCCGCAUUAUCGCAACAUAUCAUGGAGACCGUACGCCUUUUGAUAAAAGUCCUAAUACUGUUCAGUUGGUGCGCGAAGGGAUUCAUAAUUGGGAACACUCUCGAAAAAUGUAUUCUUCCACUCGGCAUGGAAGAAGGAAAAAUCCCGGAUGAAGCAAUCACCGCGUCCUCCAGUUACGAAAUGAAAUCCGUCGGUCCUCAAAAUGCGAGAAUACGACAGGAAAAAAACGGUGGUGCUUGGUGUCCAAAGGCUCAAAUUAGUAGCGCCAUACGCGAAUACCUGGAAAUCGAUUUAACGAGAGACCAUCUUAUCACGUGGACCGAAACCCAGGGAAGAUUCGGUAAUGGUCAAGGUCAAGAAUAUGCCGAGGCAUUUUUUCUGGAAUAUUGGCGGCAUGAAAAAUGGCAUCAGUACAAAGAUUUAAGAGGGAACAAGGUUCUACGUGGCAAUAGCAAUACAUAUCUAGUUGAAAAACAGAAGUUAGAUUUACCAUUCGUAGCGAGUCGAGUGAGAUUUGUUCCUUACAGUCAGCAUCCUCGCACUGUGUGCAUGCGUGUCGAGAUUUAUGGCUGUGUCUGGAAUCAAGGCAUUGCUAGUUAUACCGCGCCUAAAGCUGAUACAGAUGGACCUAAUAGGUGUAAUGUUGAGGAUGCGUCGUAUGAUGGCACGGAAAUUGAGAAUUUAAUGUUGAACGGACUAGGACAAUUAACCGACGGCAUAGUCGGUAGCGAAAUAGAAAUCCUGGAAUCCAAUAGAAUAACUAACUGGAUCGGAUGGCAUGAUCGAGAUAAUAUAGAAUUAUUCUUUGAAUUCCAAUUUUCUCGGAAAUUUAGAAAUUGUACGAUUCAUGUGGCCAAUCUGCCUGAUUUAAAUGUUGAGAUGUUCUCGAUAGUAAACUUUUGGUUUUCAUUGGAUGGCAAGGAAUAUCACGAAACACCAGAAACAUUUCAAAUGUUUAACGAGCCUAAGAUUCCUAGUAACAGUAAUGAAAAGGAUGGCAAAAGUAAAAGUAGCGCCUUGAUAUCUAUUCCAUUGCAAUUAAGACUUGGCAAAUUUGUCAAGAUAGACAUAAAACCUCAAUCAGAAUGGUUGUUGCUAAGCGAGAUUUCGUUUGAGACAGAUGUAAAAAACAACACUGACGAAGCAUUGGCACAUUUGUCAUGGAUAUAUACAAAUAGUAAUGAGAAUAUAUCCCAAAUAAUCAAUCAGGAUCAGAUUGCGAGAAUAAAACAGAUCGACGAUACAGAAAUUAAAGGGGAGAUUGGGGACUUAGAAAUUGAAACUGAUGACAAAAUUGGAGGAGAAGUUAGCGAUGGGAGAAAGAUUAAUAUUCAACAUAGAGGUACAAUGAUGGGAAAAUCAAAAACUGUCUCGAAUGAAACAACGUUGGUGUUAAACGAGUCGAAUUUAACGCCAGAUGCCUUUCCCGUGAACAAUUCGCCAACAUAUAUUGGGCUAAUUAGUGCUGCGUUGACUAUAAUUGUUUUUUUUUCGGGUUGUACGAUCUUCCUGAUAAAGCAGAGAGGUCGCAACAAAGUGGCUCUGUUACAAAAGCAUACCGCGUUAUUAUGCGGCUCACCAGCGCCUGGUAUUACGAUCAAUACGAAGGAUAUCAAAUUACCUACACCGAUCGUGGUAAACAAUCUGUCGCAAUCUCGACUAUCGUUGAAAAGCAAAAUUGCGUCAAACAAUGAUUACAAAUUCGACGAUGGCGAUUCGAGCGAGCAGCAUAGUAUUUAUGAGAAGAUUAAUAAAAUAUCCCCACAACCAUAUGUCAAAUGUGAAGCGAGAUCUAAUUAUAAAACAGAACAUUUUGAUACUAAAACUAGCGAAGAUUUCACCGAUGAAGUGGAAUGUAUAGUGCCAACGAUGUUGAAAAAACUGAGUCAUUCGCAAACGGGAAAAAUUAAUCAGAGAGUAUAUGAGAGUUAUUAUGCGGCUACGGACAUCUUGACGAUCAAGAGACGCGAUCAGCAUCCCAUUGUGAGUCUAUUCACGCCACUACUCAUUCGGGAUUCGAUCGUAUCAUACAAACGCGGGACUUAUGACGUUCCGCGUAUCUCUCGGCAUAGAUUGAGAAUCCUCGAUAAGCUCGGUGAAGGAAAUUUCGGUUUGGUUCAUUUAUGCGAAGCAAAAGGCAUACAAAAUCCAGAUCUAGGCAUUCUUCAAAAUCGUCAAGUAGUUAUAGUUCGAUCCUUAUGGCGCGGCGUAGUUGACUCUUUAAGGGAAGACUUUAUGAACGACAUGCAUAUCUUGGCUGAAAUACGGGAUGUUAAUAUCGCUAGGAUAAUCGCGAUCGUUGAGGAGGAGCCUUUUAGUGCCAUUUUCGAAUACGGAGAACUCGGGGAUCUAUCAAGUUUUUUAAAAAAUCACGAUCACGCUGCACCGAUAAGUUACGAGUGCUCGUUGAAUUUGGUGACGCAAAUCGCUUCAGGUAUGAAAUACCUUGAAAGUUUGAACGUACCGCAUUGCGAUCUAGCAGCCAGGAAUUGCAUUGUUUGUAAAGAUUUGCUGAUUAAAGUAUCCGAUCAGGCCAUGUACUGCAGUAAAUAUGACAGUGAAUAUUAUGUCGAUGAGUGCUAUGCGAAAAUACCAUUACGUUGGAUGGCAUGGGAAGCGGUCUUAUCGGGAAAACGAAGCUGUCCAUCCGACGUUUGGUCGUAUGGCGUGACGGUUUGGGAAGUGUUAACGCGCUGUGAAGACGUACCGUAUGCCGACAUGACCUCAGAACAGGUGUUAGAGAACUGUGGCCUAUGGUACUCGUUAGACAACGGCAGUAAGAAGAAAUGUCCGCGAAUUCUCGAGCAGCCGAUGUUCUGCGCAGAUGAUCUGUACCGGCUGAUGCUGCGAUGUUGGUGCAAACUUGCGGAGGAUCGACCCAAUUUCCAGGAGAUUUACUGCUACCUCAAGAAGCUGACUCUGGAUUAAGUGUACGCAAAUGCGAACGCAUCUCUACCGAAAGAGAAUACGAAAGACGAUCCAUGCUCCAGCAGCAGCGGCGGCGCGGACCAAAUCGAUUACAAUCAGCUAAGAAGCAUCCUGAAUUCUUUCUUGAUCGCUUUCGCAGGUGGCUCGAACUAAUUCGCGAAUUGAAGUCGAUUCGAGAAGUCGUAAAUGCCUAAACACGACAAUGUAGGAUGCUCUCUGGCCACUAAAAUUACUGCUCAACUAGAUUUAUCUAAUUUUGAUUAUAUAAGUAGCCGAACGCAGUAAAAUGACGAUGUGAACAAGCUUUCCAACGAAACUUGUUGCAAUUUUGCUCAAGUUUACAGAUUUUGCACAAAGCUUUAGACGCAUUUUGUCGGCUGAAAACUUUAUCAUCGUCAGAAUUCGUUGCAUGUAGCCGAAAUGAAAUAAUAUUAUAAGUAAAAAAUCAGCAUAAACGAGCGUAAUACUUAAUUACGUCGAAGAAUGACAAUCAGUUUUGCUCAUCUAUUUAUAUGUACUUAUUUUACGAAAUAAUAUCACGAUAUACUCGUAUUGAUCGAUUCAGCUUGUCCAUCUUAGGAAGAAGGCGGAUCAUUCGAUCUUUAAUCAAAUUUCGCAGUGGCGCAAGAUUUUUAAAUAGAAGUACACUCCGUGCAUAAUAAUAUCACCUAAGAAAACGAUAAAAAAAGGAGCAAAAGAGCAAAAGAUGAGAAUCACAAUUACGAUUAUUGGAAACAACGACGAUAAUAACGAUUAUGGUAAACGUACAAUUUUAGAUUAUAUAUGUUUAUAACAGAUGUAACGUUUAAUUAAAUCAAAUUUGUAAUAUCAA